AAAGUGAUCAAAAUGAAGAGUUUGAACCAUCGCGUCAGGAUGGCGGCAGCUGAAUCUGACAAAGACUCUGGAUAUUCAGAUGGAAGUUCAGAAUGCCUGAGUGCUAUGGAGCAGACUGACUCAGAGGAUGUGCUGAAUGCCUUGUGUUGGAAUGCAGAGGAUGGGCCUUGGCAAUGCCCAGUGACCACGAGCAGCUCCUUUCCUGCGCUUUCUCCUAUGGUUGUUAUGAAAAAUGUGCUAGUUAAGCAGGGGAGUUCAUCACAGCUUCAGUCUUGGACUGUGCAGCCGUCCUUUGAAGUGAUUCCAGCUCAGCCACAGCUAGUGUUUCUUCGGCCAUCAAUCCCACCUCCACUUAACUCUCGCCCUGUUGGGAAAAAGAGAAAUAACCCCACUAAUUACCUGCCCAUCCUGAAUUCUUAUCCUAAAAUAGCACCACAGCCCUGCAAAAGAGGUCAUUCCUUUGAUCUAGAGGAACGUCAGGAAACCAGUUGCCAUAAACGACUCUGCACAGAAGAGCCCAAGAUGGAGACUCCUCCUGUUUCAAGGUGCAUGGGCUUGCCUACUAGCCCUUUUGCCCACCUACCAGUUAGCUUUAAGACCCCUCAGGAUUCAAACCAGCAAAGUUCUUCAACUCUGGUGACAAGUGGAAAGCUCUCAACUCUUCCUGGGUUUCAUUGUGUUUCCAGUGACACUCAGAAAGUCCCAGGUUUGACUCCCCGUUUGCCUUUUGGAACUCUGCAGACCACAAAGUGCACCCCUCAGGAGAGUGAGGGUGCAGCACAGACUACAAUGCAGUCUGCAGUGUGGAGCCCCCCAUUGAUACCAGAUGAGAUUUGCACUACCCCUGAGCUGCUUUUGCAACAACAGAGCAAGUGCAGACGCUUUCAGAACACACUUGUUGUGCUACGCCGGUCAGGGUUGCUGGAGAUCACUUUAAAAACCAAGGAGCUCAUUCAUCAGAACCAGGUGACUCAGGCUGAGCUGGACCGGCUGAAGCAUCAAACACAGCUUUUCAUAGAAGCAAUAAAGAACAAUGCCCCACAGUCAUGGGCAGAGCUAGAAGCAUCUCUAACAGGAUCUGAUAAAGCUGAUAGCAAUCUUGAAGACCCCACUUAUCCCAACAUGUAG